AUGUCGUUCCCCGGCGGCGACACUCGGCCCACGAUCCGCUGCGACGCGUGCGGCAAGGGCACCCACCGGAGGAACCACUGCGUGGCCUUCCCCUGCGCCCGCUGCCAGGGCACGGGCCACUACGAGUACUUCUGCACCACCCCCGCCGACUUCGACUUCGCCUUCGCCGCCGCCGCGGGUGCCCCCAAGUGCGCCGUCUGCGGCGGCGCGGGCCACGGCGGCGAGAACUGCGAAACCGCGGAGCGGAGGGAGCUCUGGUGCGGCAUCUGCGACAAGGACGGGCACGUGGACAAGGAGUGCCCCACGCGCGACGGCGGCGAGGGGGACCAUUGCCGCGUCUGGUUCGGCUACGACAUCUGCCCCUUCUGCCGCGGCCCUGACCACAGGACCUACUCCGACUGUCCCCGUCGCAAACUAGCGCCGCUUCCGUAA